UUAAAGACGAGUGGAAACAACACAGUGUGAAGGACAAGAGCCCACAAGCUUGUUUACAGCAGAUCAGCGAGUGACUGUGAGGAAAAGCUGAUGUUCGCUUUGGAUCGGAGCACAACUCUUAUCUGUUGAUAGAAAGUGAAACUAGCGGACGUUCACUGUGACUGAGAGGAGAAAUGGCUCAGCGAGGAAUUCAGCCGGACUCGGCAAAGUUUUGCUGUUCCAUCUGUCUGGAUCUGCUGAAGGAUCCGGUGACUAUUCCCUGUGGACACAGCUACUGCAUGAGCUGUAUUAAAGACUGCUGGGAUGGAGAGGAGCACAAGGAAAUCUACAGCUGCCUGCAGUGCAGACAAACCUUCACACCGAGGCCUGUCAUGGUGAAAAACACCAUGUUAGCAGAGUUACUGGAGGAAAUGAAGAAGACGGGACUCCAAGCUGCUCCUCCUGAUCUCUGCUACACUGGACCUGGAGAUGUGGCCUGUGAUUUCUGCUCUGGGAGGAAACUGAAAGCCCUCAAGUCCUGUCUGGCGUGUCUGGCCUCUUACUGUGAGCAGCACCUCCAGCCUCACUACAAUGCAGCUCCAUUAAAGAAACACAAGCUGGUGGAAGCCACCAUGAAGCUUCAGGAGAACAUCUGCUCUUGUCACGAUGAGGUGAUGAAGAUUUUCUGCCGCACUGAUCAGCAGUGUAUCUGUUAUCUCUGCUCCAUGGAUGAACAUGAAGGCCACCGCAAAGUCUCAGCUGAAGCAGAAAGGACCGAGAGGCAGGAAGAACUUGGGCUGAGUCGGCAAAAAAUCCAGCAGAGAAUCCAGGACACAGAGAAAGACGUGAAGGUGCUUCAGCAGGAGGUGGAGGCCAUCAGUCGCUCUGCUGAUAAAGCAGUGGAGGACAGUGAGGAGAUCUUCACUGAGCUGAUCCGUUUGGUUGAGAAAAGAAGGUCUGAUGUGAAGCAGCAGAUCAGAUCCCAGCAGGAAGAGGAAGUGAGUCGGGCUGAAGAAGUUCAGGAGAAGCUGAAGCAGGAGAUCGCUGAGCUGAGGAGGAAAGACGCUGAGCUGGAGCAGCUCUCACACACACAGGAUCACAUCCAUUUUCUACAGAGUUACCCCUCGCUCUCAUGUCUCAGUGAAUCUACACACUCACCCAGCAUCAACAUCCGUCCUCUGAGCUACUUUGAGGAUGUGACUGCAGCUGUGUCAGAGCUGAGAGACAAACUACAGGAGCUUCUUAGUGAGGAAUGGUCCAAGAUCUCACUGACAGUGACUGGAGUGGCUGUUCUACUGCCACAACCACAGCCCAAGACCAGAGCUGAGUUCUUACAAUAUUCAUGUCCCAUCACACUGGAUCCAAACACAACGCACACAUGUCUGUCAUUAUCUGAGGAGAACAGAAAAGCAACAUUAAUGGCACACAAACACUCAUAUCCCAGUCACCCAGACAGAUUUACUGGAUGUUGUCAGGUCCUGAGCAGAGAGAGUCUGACUGGACGUUGUUACUUGGAGGUGGAGUGGAAGGGGGAAGUUGAUAUAGCAGUCUCAUAUCAGGAUAUCAGCAGAACAGGGACCUAUGAUGCAUGUGCAUUUGGAUACAAUGACAAAUCUUGGUCAUUGUUUUGCUACAACAAGAACUGUGACUUCAUACACAACAAUAUCAAAACUAAAACCCCGCUCCCUGUGUCCUCCAGAGUGGGAGUGUACCUGGAUCACAGAGCAGGUAUUCUGUCCUUCUACAACGUCUCUGAAACCAUGACUCUCCUCCACAGAGUCCAGACCACGUUCACUCAGCCUCUCCAUGCUGGACUGCGGCUUCCAUACAAAAGUGGAGCCACUGCAGAGUUUUGUGAGCUCAAGUAGACAGGAGUGAUUAAAGCAGUUCUGUCGUCUAUUUCUAUAACAUCUGUGUUGGUAAGCGCUUGUUUCUGUUUUGUUUCUGCACUGCACUGGCCACAUAUCACCUGUCACUCAAACCGUGUGGGCAGGGCUAUGACUCUCUUUCCAGGUCUCAGUGUAACAACAUCAGCUGAAAUACAAAAGAUGUGUCUUUUUUUCUUUUUUACACAAGAACUCCACAUAUAUCAAAUAUUUUGGUGCAUUUUUAUUUUGCUGCUAAAAGCUCAUUGCUGUGGUUUGUCAGUCCUGCACUUCCCAGACGUCACCUGUGGCACAUUUUGUUCUUGGUCUGUUCAGCCGUGGUGGAUAAGGGUUGAACUCCAUCAGUCAACAGUAGAGAGAAGCCAAAUGAACUGC